AAGAUGUCAUCAUUGUCACAAUACUAGUUGACACAAAUUGAUCAAAACAAAUUCACACAAUCCAUGACUUCCUUCCAUAUAUACUUCAUUCACAUUGCCCUGCUUUGCUGAAAAAUCCAGAGAGAGGCACGUGAGUCCAGGGAAGGUCACGUGCUCUUUUCUUUUCUUUUCUUCUAGUAUUGAUCAUACCCAAAUCCCUAAAAUACCUCUAAACCCUAAACCUCAACUUUCUCCCACAAAUAAAGCAGCAAAAUUUAAUGCUUUCAAAGCUACCCACGAAUGUCCCAUCUCACCUGAGCCUGAGGUUCUUGAAGAUUCACUGCAACUCCGGCGAUUUACAACGCGCCCGCCACGUGUUCGAUCAAAUUCCUGAACCAGACCUGCGUGCAUGGACCCUGCUAAUAUCAGCCUACACUCGACGUGGGCUUCUCAGCGAAGCUAUAAACCUCUACACUUCACUCAGAGCUCGGAACAUUGCUCCGGACAAUCUUCUGCUUCUCUCUGUUUCCAAGGCCUGUGCGGUUUUGGGUGAUCCCAGAAAAGCUACAGAGCUUCACGACGAGGCAAUUCGGUUCGGGUUUCAUUUGGAUGUUGCUUUGGGCAAUGCCAUGGUUGAUAUGUUUGGGAAGUGUAAGAAUGUUGAUGGGGCGAGGCGGGUUUUCGAUGAAAUGCCGAGGAAGGAUGUGAUUACUUGGACAUGUUUGUGUUCUUGUUAUGUUCACUGUGGGCUGCCCAGGCAGGGUUUGGUGGCUUUCAGAGAGAUGGGUUUGAGUGGAGUGAGACCCAAUGCGGUGACGGUGUCGACGAUCCUACCUGCUUGCUCUGAGUUGAGGGAUUUGAAUUCGGGGAGGGAGAUUCAUGGGUUUGUGGUGAAGCAUGGAAUGGGAGGGAACGUGUUUGUAAGUAGUGCACUCGUGAAAGUGUAUGCUAGUUGUGUGAGUGUUAAGCACGCGCAGAAGGUGUUUGAUAAAAUGUCUGAACGAGAUGUUGUGUCUUGGAAUGUGCUUUUGACUGCGUAUUUCUCCAAUGGGGAAUGGGAGAAGGGUAUGGCUCUGUUUUGUAGGAUGAGAAAUGAAGGUGUGAGAUUGGAUGGCGCUUCGUGGAAUGCUGUGAUCGGUGGGUGUUUGAAUAAUGGGGAAACUGAACAGGCGCUGAAAAUGCUUGGGAAGAUGCAAGAGUCGGGGUUUAAGCCGAAUCAGAUAACAGUCACCAGUUUGUUGCCGGCGUGCAAAGAUUUGGAGAGCUUGAGGGCAGGCAAAGAGGUUCAUAGCUACAUCUUUAGGAAUUGUUUGAUGGACGACUUGGCAAGUACAACAGCUUUGGUUUUCAUGUAUGCAAAAUGCGGAGAGUUGGAACUUUCAAGGAGGGUGUUCAAUAUGAUGCCGAAAAAGGACACGGUUGCUUGGAACACAAUGAUCAUUGGAAACUCGAUGCAUGGGAAUGGAGGAGAAGCAUUGUUGCUAUACAGAAACAUGUUAGAAUCCGGGGUGAAGCCGAAUUCUGUUACAUACACUGGUGUUUUGUGUGGUUGUAGUCAUUCGCGGCUGGUUGAUGAAGGCAUCAAGGUUUUUGAUUCAAUGAGGGAUCACUUGGUAGAACCUGAUGCGGAUCAUUAUUCGUGUUUGGUUGAUGUACUUAGCCGUGCUGGUCGCGUAGAAGAGGCCUAUCAGUUUAUGCAGAGAAUGCCUAUGGAACCUCCUGCAGGUGCUUGGGGAGCAUUGCUUGGUGCCUGUAGAGUGCAUAGAAAUGUGGAGUUGGCAAAAAUCGCAGCAAACAGGCUGUUUGAGAUCGAACCAGAUAACCCUGGUAACUAUGUAUUGUUGUCCAACAUUUUUGUUACUGCCAAAAGAUGGGAAGAAGCUUCAGAAACUAGGAAGCUGAUGAGGGACAGAGGAGUCACAAAAACACCAGGUUGUUCUUGGGUUCAGUUGAGAAAUAGAGUCUACUCGUUUGUUGCUGGCGACAGGAGUAAUGAACAUAGUGAAAAGAUAUACAAGUUUUUGGAGGGAAUGGGUGAGAAGAUGAGAUUGGCAGGGUUUGUGCCCAACACGGAUUUUGUUCUGCAAGAUGUGGAUCAAGAAGAGAAAGUGGGGACUCUUUGCAACCAUAGUGAGAAGCUGGCUGUUGCUUUUGCGAUACUCAAUUUGAAUGGGGAGUCAACAAUUCGGGUUUUUAAGAAUUUGAGGAUAUGUGGAGAUUGCCAUAAUGCCAUCAAAUACAUGGCAAAGAUAGUUGGUGUGAGGAUUAUAGUUAGAGAUUCAUUGAGGUUUCACCACUUCGAUGAUGGAGAUUGUUCCUGUGGAGAUUUCUGGUGAUUUCCAGGAUAUAGGUCAAUGAAUGUGGUUACAUUAUGUAAGAUCAAUGUCAUCCAGAGCUAUAAGCACUGGAAUCCCUAGAUGGAUUAAAAUUACACCUGUAAAUGACAUAAUCCGCUAACAUAAAUAAUAACCGAAGUGGAUUAUUGUUAUGUUUGGAACUUUGGAUAGUAAAAUUCUAACAAGAUAAGCCUUUGUAA